UGGGAAGAGCAGCGGCCCAGCUACUGUGUUCUAGUGUGCAGUAGACUGCAGCCUGUGGAGUUGGAGUCUUCUUGGCAACAGCAACAGCUCCUCCCUGGAGCUAAGGGAGAGAGGAGUAGUCUAUAGAGGCUGCCAUCAACAUACCAAGCCAUUAAAGCUGAAAGCUGGUCCGUGUGUGAGGUCUGGGGGAAGACAUCCACUGCUCACUGGGUCUUGAGCACCAGAGACCCAGUCUUCCUAAAGGGCUCAUUACCUGACCACUUCUGUUCACGUGGUUCCAUGGAGUUUGUGACAGCCCUGGCAGACCUCCAAGCAGGGGCGAGCUGCCCCAUCUGUCUGGACUACUUGAAAGACCCAGUGACUAUCAUCUGUGGGCAUAACUUCUGUCGGUCCUGUAUUGAUAUGUCCUGGAAGGAUCUAAAUGAUACUUUCCCCUGCCCUUUUUGCAGAUUUUGCUGUUCAGAAAGGAAAUUGAUGCGCAAUCUCCAGCUGGGCAAUUUGACUGAAAUUGCUAAGCUGCUCCAGAUGAGAAAAAGCAAGAGGAAGAGGCAAGAAGAGAAGCUUAUGUGUGAAAAGCACAAUCAGGUUUUGAUUUUUUUCUGUCAGAAGGACCGAGAGGUUUUAUGUCCACAGUGCAGUUUCUCCACUGAUCACCGGAAUCACUACAUUUGGCCCAUAGAAAAAGCUGCCCCCUAUCACAGGAAAAGAUUGGAGCGUUGCACUGAGCUUUGGAAGGAGAGAGUGGAGCAAGCUGAAAAAGUAAUAACUAUGCAAACCAGAAAAUCAUUGGAACUGAAGAAGAAAGUGGAAUAUAGGAGAGAAGAAAUAAAGGCUGAAUUUGAGCAACUUGUGUUGUUUCUCCAAAACGAGCAGAAGACUGUUCUUCGGCAAUUACAAGAUGAAGAAAUGGAUAUUUUAACAAAACUAAAUGAAAAUCUAACAAAAUUUUCAGAUCAUGUUUCCAUAUUAAAAUAUCUGUUAAAGGAGAUAGAGAGCAAAUAUGUGAAGUCAGAACUGGAAUUACUGGCAGAUGUUAAAAAUAUCUACCAUAGGUAUAGAACCAUAGAGUCUCCUGAACCUUUUUCAUUCCAGUUGAAAGAAUAUGGUUACAGUCUUCCUCCACAGUAUUCUGGCCUAAACAAAAUUAUCAAGCAGUUUCAAGUAGAUGUAGUUCUAGAUCCUGAAACAGCACAUCGUAAACUUAUUGUCUCAGAAGAUAGAAAAACUGUGCAUUAUGGAUGUAAAAUGAAAAGCUUAUCUCGUAACCCGAGGAAAUUUUAUCUCUGCCCAGCUGUUCUGGGUUCUCAGGGCUAUAGUGCUGGCAGGCAUUAUUGGGAGGUAGAAGUGAAAGACAAGCCUGAAUGGAUCGUGGGUGUCUGUGAAGACUCGCUUCCCAGAAGGAGAAAGAGUCAGAAUCAGUGGAUUUUAGUACAGGAUGGAUUAUGGGGUAUUGGACGAUGCAGCCAGAGUAAUUAUGUUGCACUGGGCCCUAAAAAAAUUAAUCUUCUGCCAAGAGUAACACCCAGUAAGAUUGGCGUGUUUUUGGACUACGAUUUGGGUGAGGUUUCCUUUUACAAUUUGAGUGAUAGAGCUCUUCUCUAUAUUUUUAAUGAUUGUUUUACAGAAGCACUUUGGCCUUAUUUCUAUACUGGAACUGACUCUAAACCUCUUAAAAUCUGUACAGUAGCAGAUUCUGAAUGAUGGACUACUGUAAGACUCUUAAAUGGUUUGUUUUUUGUCAGUGACUGGGCAAAACUAAGCUAGUGAACCUAGUCUCAGCAAUUCUUUAUUUAAUUUUAGUUUUUCCUGUAAACAACUAGAACAGUUUUUCUCAGUUUUAGAAACUUCUGAAGAGUGUGGUUAUAAUGCCUACCUUACAGAUAAAUUAAGGGAUCCAAUUGGAAAGUGCUUUAGAAAUCUAAGAUGAAAUACUUAUGAAAUACAUUACUUUAGAAGUUCACUAAUUGUCAAUAAAAGUCCAGUAAUUUUUUUCUGUA